AUGAACAAGUUUUUGGUCGUGCUCUCGUUGGCCGUGGUGGCCGUGGCGGCCGCCUCCGAUGUGGACCUGUACCAGGACGACUACACUGCCCCCGCAUACGGUCUGGGUUACGGCAGCGGCUACGGUCUGGGCUACGCCAACGGGUACGGUCUUGGAUACCGCAGCGGCUACGGUCUCGGCUAUGGACGCAGCUACGGUUACAGCAACGGCUUUGGUCUCGGAUAUGGCUCAUACGGCUACGGCAAUGCCGGCUAUGGUUUCGGCUACGGCCGCCACUCUUACGGUUACGCCGCGCCGUACUCCGGCCUCAGCGCGGUGCAGACGAAGGUGGGGGGCAGUGGCUUCGGCUACUACGUCCGCCAGGAACAGCAGGGUGACGACCCGGGCCACGGGCACAGCUUCUGGCGGAGCUCGCUGUACGUGUCUGAGGACGGUGACCCAGCCUGGGAGUGGUCCGGCCUCAGCGCGCGCCAGCGUCGCGCGCCUUGGCUGCCCGGCCACCCGUUCCAGGGCCAGCCGCUCGAGGGCACGUACUUGGACCCGAGCCGGCGGCGCGGCGCGGACGAGUCGCGCCACGAUCGACACGCCGAGUCGUACCGCGACGAGCACGAGGAGCGACGCGUCAAGCCACGACGCCGCCGGCCGGUCGAGGAGCAUCGCUCGCGCUACGACACGUUCCAGCGCGCGGGCUACUCGCGCGCGCGCGUCGAGCCGUACGCGGAGGACGAGCUCGAGCACGCCGGCGCGUUCGACGGGCACCACCACGCGAGUCGGGAGAACGGCGGCUACCCGCGCGACCAUGCGGCGCGCCACGUGUACGGCGACGGCCACCGCGCCGGUGACCCUUACAACAUCCGGCCCACCGACGAGCAGGUGGAGCGAGGCUACGCGGAGGAGGAGGAGCAUGAUCGCUACUACGGCAGCCAGCUCUUCCCGGCCGAGGACGAGGGCGACGAAGAGGAGGAGGGAAAGCGGCGGGGAGCGGCGGGAGCAGGCCGGCGCCGCCCACGACCGCAGUAUGAGGACUACGAGGACGGCGGACGGGCGGAGGACGACGGACGGAGGCGCGGUGGCAGCAGGCGGCGGCACAAGGCGAUUUCCGUGGAGGACUAUGACGAGGACUAUCCGGAGUAUUAUGAUGAUGAGUAUGUUGAGGAGGACGCAGAAGUGCGAGUGCCCGUCCUCGAGGACCACGAGGACUUCCGGCCUGAGCGUCGGCCCGCCGCCCGCUCCAGCUCCAUUCCCCUCCCUUCAUCUUCGCCCAAGACCAGCGAUAACACCUAUGACCAGAAAAAUGACUACUCUAGAAACGACCGCUACGCAACCAACGUUUAUUACACCCCUAAAGACCGCUACACCGUAAAAGGGCGUUACGCUGCCAAGGACUACUACCCUUCUAAAGACCGCUUACCAAGCAAUGAGGAGCUGCGCUACGUUCGAUCAGAGCAGGACGAAGCGUACGGGGCGGGACGAGACUACAGGUCGGAAGAACACCCUCGCCAGCGUCCGGAAAGAGGCAAUCGGGGAGAGGGUUACGAUAGGUACGACGUGCGCGCGCCAGAAGAUCCCUCAUACCGCAGACUCCAGAAGCGGGCAGCACUGAGCGAGUCCAGCAACGACGACGACUUAGGCAGAGUGCUGGACACUGGCGAACGCGGCAGCGAGGUGCCACCAGCGACGGAAGACCAGGCUGAGGUGCAAGUUGACGAGAUCGUGGACUGGCCGAGGAAGGCACGAGGACUGAAGGGCGCUCGGUACCGCUGGACGCCGUCCACUGGAGCUCUGGAGAGGAUCGAGUCUGUGCGUCGCCGCCGCCAGGCUGCCACCCGCAGCGCCUCCAUACAGGAGAGGCUGCCGGCGCUAGGUCGUUCCGUGAUUGAGGUUGCGUCUCUUCCGCUCGGUGGCUCGGAAAAGGAAUAUCCGCGGAACCCGCACAACCCGGCAAACUUUGUGGACAUUCCCGAGUUUGGGUCGGAGGAGGAGGAAGCUCCAAACAGCUUGGAAGACGACACCAAGAAGAUACAGAAGCAAGCGUCCGGCGCCGAAUAUGAUCAAUAUGACUCCCGAUACCGGGAUGGCGAUGAUGAUCUAAGCUCUGAAUCCGCUCCUGAUCAACAUGGCGACGAGCGUCACAGACAUCACAAGCCACUAUCGAGCUACCGGGAAGAACAUGACGAAGCCGACUACCAGGAGAGACCCGGUUACAACAGAAAGGACUACGAUGAAAAUCAGAACCCCAGGUGGGAGAGCACCAAGUGGAACCGCCGCGCACCCGAUACCGACCGUCCCGAAGAUGGCGGAAUCGAGUGGGCCCGCCAGCGGAGGCCAGCUCACCUCUUGCGCUUGCCGUACGCGGGAGGCGCCAGCGACCGGACGCCGAAGACAGACGCCUUCGGCCGCCGCCGCUCGCACGCCGAGUUCGGCAACCACUUCCCGUCUCCGGCCAACACCGACGCAGCGUUCGAGCGCCGCGAGAGCGACUACAUCUCUGACGCGUCGAUCCCGACCUGGGGACCGGGCUACGACAGCUCAGCGGAGCGGUACGCCCGGGCAGCUCCGACGGCGACGAACGAGCGUCAUCAGGAGCGCGUCAGGAUCAACGAGAGCCAGAAGCAACAGGAGCUGAUCGCGGCCGAGGAGAGCAGGAGACGCGAGGAGGCCAGGAGGCAGCAGGAAGAGGACGACAGACGUGGGGGAUAUCAGCAGAACCCGUCCCUGGGCAGUCGCCGACCGGGAGGCGUCCCUGAUGGUCGUUAUUCCGACAGCGGGAGUCGCUACGCAGAAGAUCGCUACCCUUACGACGAAGGCCGUCGACAUGGCGACGGGCGGCGUGUUCAUGACGACGAUCGUCGCACCGGAGGCCGGAGAUACGGCGAUGAUGACCGCCGGCGCCCGGAGGCGGAGAGGCGACCGCCUCCAUCGGAGGACUCCAGCGAAGUGACCGGCUAUUACCGUCAGCCGCCGCAGCCACCGCGCCGCCCGAGGCCGGAACACCACGACGAAGACCGGGGAGACAGCGGGAGGCGGCGCUACCCCGCUGGCGAGCAGGAGGUAGACGACGGCCGAAGAUACCGCGGUGAACGGAGGCCAGACGAGGGCAGACGCGACGACGCGAGGAGAUACUACGACGAGAGGAGGCCAGAAGGCGACGGGCCUGACGGGGAACGGCGUUACAACGACGACAGAAACGUCCACGACGACGGGCGUGAUGAUGGGGGGAGGUACGGCGACGACGAAAGGAGGCCGGGCGACAGUCGACGCGGCGACGAGCGGCGCUACGACGAGGAGCGGCAUCAGAAGGACGACCGACGCAGCUACGGCGACCGGUACCACGCGUCGCGACACCCCGACGACGACCAGCGGGGGUACGUCGACUCGGACGACGAGCGCGACGACGACCGACGCUACCCCGAGCGACGCCCCGGAGAGGACGAGGACCGACGCUACCCCGAGCGACGCCCCGGAGAGGACGAGGAGCGCUGCACGCGGAGCCCGGGCGAGCGGCCCAGCUAUUACCGGGAGCCGGACUCGCGCCACCCGGACUCGGCCGAGGACGCCGGCGAGGGCGGCUACUACAGAGAGCCACAUCCGGAUCAGAUACAGCACGACCGGUUCUAUCGGCAGCCGGAGAGCGGAGGGCGCUACUACGCGGACGACGAGAGGCGCGAAGGAGAGGACUCGCGAGAGGCACCUCAGGAAGGCGAGGACGAGCUCUACACCCCGAACCAGUCCUAUUAUGACGGCGGAGCGCCCGGUUACUAUGGCGACGACGGACCCGGCUUCACCAGGAAAGACAACAGCGAGGAGUACCGGGGUGGCGCGGAACAAGGGGGUGGAGCCUACAGAGGCGAGCCGGACCAGAAAUCCGCUGACGCGCAGGUCAGCGGCUUCAUUCGCCAGAUGUUCAACGACAACGAUCCCUUCCGCGGCGACAGGGCGCAGUGA